AUCUCAUCUUCUUCCAUCUCAUCGUCUUCCACUGUGGAGGUUACCAGUGGCUACUGCUUGUCACUUUUCUCACCCGCUCUCAUGUUGGGUCACACCAGUCGCCCAUGUGGCCCAGAGGGUACCAUUUACGAGAACGAGAAAGGAUUUGACAACAAUUUGAGGAUUGAGAUCGCUCCCACAAAGAUUGACUUUAUUAAAACACUGAAAAGAUCAAACACGUCAUUGAUAUUCCAUGUGAACUAUGAUGGCAAGCCCCGCGUUCUGAAAGUUUUCCACAACAAUGAAGACGCCGGGUAUGCUGAUGAUGGGAUUCGUGAUUUGAACCGCGCUCGCUGCGAAAUCCGGGCCUACUGCAGUCUCAAGCGAUCCGGUGUAUGCGACAGGGGCUACGUACCACAGUUUUAUGGAUACACAUUUUCUCUGAACCAAAAGGCCUUUGCCCCCCAUCUGGAUGCCUUUCAGCACGAUGCUGGCCUUCCAAGUGCUAUUUUGCUGGAAUACCUCCCGAACGCCUUGUUAAUGAACUGUGUCACGUACAGCAAAGAGCGAAUGGCCAAGGCAGUCAAUGGCAUCCAACAGAUCCAUUCAGCUUUGGUUGAACACAAUGAUCCAUAUCCCAAGAACAUUAUGAUUGUUCCUGGUGACCCAGAAAGAGUUGUGUGGAUAGAUUUUGAUGUUGCGAUCACUUAUCCCGACAUCACUUAUGUCAGAGAGAGAGAACGUAACUGGUUCAAGUUUGAAACCAAAUGCGUUGAGAGUGUUGGAGUGAAAUUUGCAGAUGAUCAGAAACAAGGCCUCCCACCAAACACAAAAUAUUACUAG